UCGAGAAGAGUCUAGAGAGAGAAUUGACUUGCCGUUGCUGCUGGCAUAAAGCUACGGGAGAGGGGAUAUACCUCGCUGAUAUUCGAAAAAAAAACAUCGCCUACAACACAUAUUUGUCCAUUAACUAAGUCAUCAAGAUUCAAUAAGAGAAAUGGCCCAAGAAACCAACCAGAGUCCAGUGCCCAUGCUUUGUACUACUGGCUGUGGUUUCUAUGGCAACCCCCGAACCAAUGGCAUGUGCUCUGUGUGUUAUAAGGAACAUCUGAAUAGACAACAGAGCAGUGACCGAAUGAGCCCCCUUAGCCCUAUGGCUUCAGGAGCAACAGGGAAUUCAUCUGUGGAGUCCUCAGCAAUGCAGAGACUAGAAGCCACCCUAAACAAAGCUGAACCCUCGACGGCCUCUAGCACUGAUACCAUGACAGAAACUGUGCCUACGCCUUCUUUGCCUGUGACCCAGCAAAUGACCGAGAUGAGCAUCUCCAGAGAAGACGAGGCCCUUUCCCUUAAAUCAGACUCUGUUGAACCAGUCGUCACCCAGCCCACUUCCAGCACCUCCUUGCCUGUUGCCCUUGGCAACGACGACGCCAAGUUGCCUGAAGCCGCCAAACCGAAGAAAAACCGAUGCUUCACCUGCCGCAAGAGGGUGGGCCUAACAGGCUUUGACUGUCGAUGUGGGAAUCUGUUUUGUGGAAUCCACCGCUAUUCCGACAAGCACAACUGCACUUACGAUUACAAGGCGGAAGCAGCUGCUAAGAUACGAAAAGAGAAUCCUGUCGUUGUUGCCGACAAAAUCCAGAGAAUAUGAAAUUCUUUUCGUUUUUUUCCAAAAGAAUGGGACUGAUUCAAACACUGGCACAAGCAGAUAAUGGACUUGUCGUUUUUGAUUCUUUUUUUUUUUUUUUUUUUUUUUAUCUUAACCUGGAGGAGUAAGAGAAAAAAAAAGUAUGCAGUCUGAGGCAAAUGCAUGAACGAUCGUUUCUUCCCUUUCCUCUCUCUUUUUUUUUUCUAUUAGAUAUUCUUUUCAUCAUUCUUUUAGUUUCCUUCCUUGUCUAGAGUAUGUCUGUGCAAAUUGUUGUUAUUACCAUUACUUAACAUGUAUUUGUUAUUUUCUAGAUCGGGAGACCUUGUAAGAAAAUCUUAGUAUUGCUCUAGGAAUAUCUUAUCCCUAUAAUCUCUCAGUGGAAGUGAUGGACAUUUUGUGCCAAAAUGUAAUUUUACUUUUGGAGGAUUUACGUAUAUCCCGGGAUGCAGGUAGACCCUUUCUCCUUUAUUCACCAACCUUAAUGUGACCACUCUUAGGAGAGUGUUUGCAGUGAUCUUGGACAACAGCACGUGAAUCAAAUUUGUUGUUUAUUAUUUGCAAUCAACUUUAGAACAACAUCAUAUAGCAAUCAUACAGAUUAAAAUGUGAGUCUCACUAAUAAUGGUUUUAAGAAUUUUGUUUGUUUGUUUUCUUAGAAUGUGAACAUGCUACUGUGAUAAUGUUUCUACUCUCCUCACCAGUAGAAAAAAAAAGAUGCAAACUAUCAAACUUUCCUCUCUUUUUUGAUUUUCAUCAUCUUUUUUGUCGUUGUUCUUGGCAUCCCUACUUGCACAACCGAUAGCCAAUAACCACUUCUUCAAAGCUGAGUAUGAAUGGAUAGGGUUUUUCUUUUUUUCAUUUAUGAGAGACUUUUUGUUUGGAUUGUGUGUUUGUGGACAUGUUUUAAGUUCAGAUAUUUAGACGUUUAUAUUGUUUGUGUGAAAUGACGCAUUCUGUGUGUCUUUGUGCGGGAGAAAGAAUCCUGCCUUUAGGUAAUCCUUGUAUCCCUUAGGAUUGAACCAACCUGUUCCUUGGCUGAAUAUGUUUCAAUACCACAAUAGUAUCACAGUUAUUUUGGAAUCUGAAACAGAUUCUCAUUUUUUUUCUUUUUUUUUCUUUUUGUCAUCACAUAGAAUCACAUCUGUCAUGGCAUGUGUGUGUGUGUGUGUGUGUGCGCGCGUGCGUGAGUGAGUGAGUGUUGUAGAUAAAUUCUUUAGUUUUGUUUUAUGUGGGGAAUGAGGUUUUUUUUUCUUAAAAGAGAACCGCGUGUAUCUGUUUGAGUUUUAAUUUCAACUGUUAGUUAUAUGCAAAUGUGUAAAAAAAAAACCUACCAUGUUCAUAUUUAUGUAUUGCAUUUAAUCCUGUUAUCUGGCAUUAAAGCAAAAUAGUAAGAUGUAAAUAAAGCUAUGUACAGAGAGUCAACAUAAA